CGGUGUGGCACCGGGCACGGUCGGACCGACACCCAUAAUGCCCUGCGGGACGAGAGCAUACGGAUGGCCCGGGACGCUGACUUUAUAGUCACCAAGGAGACCACCAUCUACAGCCCCGUAGACGGCCACAAGGCCGACCUCGCCCUCCGAGACCGCAGUUCCGGAGCCGUCUGGAUCUGUGACGUCACUGUCACAGAUCCCAUCAGCAGCCGGGACCCGGAUGCAAGAAAAGGACGCGGAUACAUGGCCCGGGAGCAAGCUGACAAGAAAAUCUCCCAUUACCGGAAUCGGGCUCCGUAUGUCGGAUUUUUCCCACUUGCAGUCGAGACAUACGGCUGCCCAUGCGCCGAGGUCCCUACCUUCUUGAAGCUACUGGCUGACACAGGGGCCAGGAGACUUUUCAAUGCGGACCCCAGCUCCUACCAGGCCGCAAAAUUGCUCCACCAGUUUCGCCAACGCUGGUCAGUGACGCUGCAGCGGGCACAGGCCCUGGCUUACCUGGGGAAAGUUAAUGAAGCCUCCCCUGCCCCCCACACCCCAGUGGGUACCCCUGACGCCGACAUGGCACCCGGGGACUGCUUUGCCAUAGCAGAGCCCCUAGGGGAGCUCGUGUAGUUUCGAGCCCCCAAACAUGCACGUACCUUGCCCUGCUGCCCCUUGCCUGCCUUGCCUAGCCUGUACCCAGUUUUCCAAGCAAUAAACGGACCGCUUGAGA